CGCGGGGCGCAAUGGCGGCGGGAGCGCGCGCGCCGCUCGCGGUCAAUGAGCCCGUCCCUCCGUCCCGCAGAGCUUCAAGCUCACGCUGCCCCGGCUGGCCCCGUCACGCGCGGCAACCCCGCGCCGGCCCGUCAGUCAGUCGCACACGCACAGGCGGCCGCUCAGCCCACUGUCCCGCACAGGCCCCGCCGCAGCCGUUUCCUCAACCCCGCUCCCCGCGCGGCGUCCGGGAGAAGAGGCGAGGGUGCAGAGCGCCCCCAGGCCCGCCGGCCAAACCCGGUUACCUGGGCGGGCUGCCCGGCGGAGGGAGCCAGCCAGGCCAGGCCGGGCCGCCUCACACCCGCGGCGGCGGCAGCGGCGGCGGCGGCGGCUGCGGCGGCGGGUCCUCUGCGCGCCCUCCUCGGGAGGGGCGGGGGCGGAGCAGCCUGCGGAUUGGCCGGCGGCCUCUGAUGGACAGCAGGCCUGUCCCGCCCCUCCCUUUUGGCCGCGCAGGGCUGGCCCUCAGGCCGCUCCUGCGACGGCCGGACUCACGUCUGUCCUGCCCCUCUGGCCAGUGUGACCUUCGAUGGACCCGUCAUUCGAAGAAGCCCCCAGACCUGAACCUCCCCUGGAGGGCCUUUAGACCUGUGGCCCCCGGUGGCCUCCAUCUCUGCUUCUCAUCAGCCACUGCCCGCCCCACCUCACGCUCCGCCUCCACGCGCCCCUCUUGCAAACGCUUUCCGGAGCUUUGGUUUUCGUGGCCUGAGUCCCCGUGUUUUUCUCCUGCGUCUCAGGCCUCUGCCUUUGGGUCCCAGAAGUUUCUCUUCCUCUGGGCUGGGUCCUGAGCCAGUUCCUAAGGCGACCUUUCCCAUGACUUCAGCCGUAGCACCAAAUCUGUAUAUUCCCUGCCUCCUGCUGCUCCACGCCCCCCGUUUAACACGAGCCUCUCCCCUCCCUCCUCAAACCGCUCUUCCCACAGUCCUCCCUUUCUCGGAACGUGGCAUUAAGUCUUCUAAGGCGCCUGGGCCAAGACUCUUGGAGCCAUUCCCUAGACUUGCACCUGAAGUGUAGCCGCCCCCAUCACAGACAAACUGAAGACACCUGUGACACCGGUCACAGGGGAGCUGGUCUGACAGAUGUUGAGUCAGGCAAAGCAGGACAACUUGAGAGC